GGGAUGUCCAGGUGCUCACAGCCUAUCUACACGCAGCCCGAAGCGGAUAUAAAUAGUAAAGGUUAAUUAGUUAGGUAAGAAACUGGAGAGGGCCCUGACCAUACGAAUUUGAUAUACGGACAGGUAACUCAAGCAUCACUCAUUGUCCGUGCAAUAACACCCUAUAUAAGUUCACGUCGGCUGACAACAGUCACCACUAAGCCUUAUCUUUGGAUCACGGAAAAGCGAAAACCUCACAGCGGAUUAAAAUGUCACUCACCUCCAUCCUUUCCGCUGAGGCCAUCGACAAUGCUAUCAAGGACUGCCAAGAUCCAGAUACCUUCUGUUACAAAAAGUUCUUCCAAUUAUGUGGCCUGAGCCAAAAGACUCCGCAGGAAAUCAAGGAUGUGUUCCGUCUCCUGGAUGACGAUAACAGUGGCUUCAUUGAGGAGUCAGAACUGAAGUUCUUUCUUCAAAGAUUUGUUCCAACCGCUCGAGUCUUGACUGAGAAGGAGACCAAAAGCUUAAUGUCAGCUGCUGACGAUGACAGUGACGGCAAAAUUGGUGUAGAGGAGUUCCAGGCUAUGGUCCUGUCCUGAGGGACCAGAUCCCCAUCAACCAACCAUCUCCAGUGUCCAGUCUCCAGACCCAACACAGUGGCCUCAGCUCCUCUCCUCCUGCUUUUUACCAGUGACUUGUUUUUUUCGAAGCCCUGCACAGACAUCAGCCAUUUUUAUUUGCCUUUUGAAUACACAUUAGGAGGUUUUUGUAGCUGUGUCCUUGUCCCCAUGCUCUCCCUGUGAUGGCUGACCACCAGGCUCAGAAACCUGAAUAAAGUACGCUGCAACUGUGA